UUGCAGUGAAACUUAAAUAAUUUAAUAAUAGAGACACCAAUGGAGAAAUAGUUAAUAACAAAAAGAAAAAAAAACCAUGGAUUUUUCGUUGACAUCCUUAUAUGAAUUCGAAAUAAAUAUAAAUAAAAACGUACAAAAACAAUUUUUUAAUUUAGAGCAAACACUAAGAAACAUAAAUGAUUACCUUGAUCCUAUAUACAUAUUAAAUUUUUGGAUACCUUUAGUGGGAGCGUUCAAUCAUAAAUUACUGAUACAACUAACAGCAUCAAUAGGUAUUAUAAAUACCUUAGCAUCAGUAAUAAAAUGGUGCUCUCCCGAAUACCGCCCCAUUUGGUGGCUUAAGGAAAAUGCUGACAACUACAAAUAUAAUUUUAAAGAUAUACAAAUUGAUCCUUUUAGCUGUGACACCAGUGCCGGGUUUCCCUCAACACAUGCUGCAGCCUUUACCACAUUUGUUUUCGUUCUAGUUUGGCGUCUUGUUAAAUCUAUUUUGUCUUCAUUUGAUUUUAUGCUCUAUGACAAGUAUUUGUUAAUUUAUGCCAUUGCUUCUUUGUUGUCAGCUGCAUUGUGGUUCAGCCGUCUAUAUUUUCUGUUUGAAUUUUUACAUCAAUGUAUUUUGGGCUCUCUGUUCGCUGUUGGUUUGAUUCAUAUAUUUAAUCGCUUUUCUACGUCACUGCUGAGUUUAAGAAAAUUGAAAGCUGUGUUGGUGGUUUUCGGUCUGGCCUCGUUACCGAUAAGUGCAUAUUUUGGCAUGUUAUAUAUGGAUGUGGAUCCGUUUUGGUCUGUUCGAAUGGCUUUCAAAUGGUGUGCGGAUCCCUUGUAUUUGAAACAUGAAAGCACCCCGGUAUUUACACUGAGCCGGGACUUUGGUUACCUCUUGGGUGUAGCCCUUUCAUGUCCAUUAUUUAAAAGCUAUGAUAAUACUGCCAACACUUAUCGAAAACGUCUUCCGGUUUUAUGUUGUAUGGAAAUUUUAAAUUUUGCUAUCCGUUCAUAUACACCCAAACAAUACGGACGAUUCAUGUUUGUUGCUUACGAAUUUUUAAGGAAUUGUUUGCAUUCCUUUAUGUUGUUGCACCUGUUGCCCAAGUUUGAUGUUCAAUAA